AUGAUAAAACAAAAAAGCAAAUAUUCUUUCACAAAACUUUUAACUUUUUAUAUUUAUAUAUAAAUAGUUUGUAGCUAAAACUGUCUUAAUGCUGGAGAAAUCUAUGAUUUUAUAUCAUAAAAAUGUUUAAAAUGUGAUGAUCAUUGUAACACAUGUAGUGGAUUAACUUAAAAUGAUUGCUUGACUUGUAUGAAUAACUAUUAUAGAUAGGGAGUUGAUAAUUCUUGCUAAGAAAAAUGCGGUUUGGGAAUGUAUAUAAACCAAAAAACAAAUACGUGUGAUAUUUGCUCAGUUUUAGGUUGUGAUUAAUGUCUUUAAAAUUAAAGAUGUAUUAAAUGCACUGAAAGUUUGAAAUUAGAUUAAUAAUCUGGAUGUCUCUUAAAUGAUGAUACAUGCGAUUAAUAAUAAUACUAUUCAUUAUUUUUAAAAUAAUGCUCUUAUUAAUGCAACAAAAAUGAAAUAAAAGAUUUAAAUACUAAACUGUGUGAACCGAUUUAGAAUUGCAACUAUUUCCAAGAAAGACAAAAAAAGGAUUUUUUCUAAUAAAUUUCAGUACAGACCUUUAUUGAUAAUGGUUUUCUAUUAAUAGGGGAGUCGAUAUGUUAGUUCUACCUUUAUAAUUAAAAUCUUGAGACUAUUUAUUCAAAUCUAUUAGUCUAAAAUCCUUUAGAUAAAACAGUUUUUUAUGGUUCAUCAAAUUUUUAUGACAGAAAUGUAGGAGGAUGUUAAACAAAGCAAAAAUUAAUUGGAUUCAAUUUUUUAACUUAUCAAAUAGAAUUCGAUAUAAGUAAUGAAUUUAAUACUUUUUAUAGUCUUUACUAACUAGAUGUAGAGAAUCAUAUAUUAGUUUUACAGAAGAAUUAAGGAGGAUUUACAUUUUUAGACUAUUUAAAUAAUGAAUAGAUUCUUAUAGAAACAAGUAAUUUAUAUAUUUAUAAAUAUAUGAGCAUAAAUUCUUCUUAGCAAAUUUAUUUGUAUGAGAGCUAUAAUAAUGAAAAUGUAAAUUUUUAAUUUAAAAUUUUAUAGUUGAUAUUUUUUGUUUUUAAUUUAAAGGAAAGUUAAAGUGCGGUGCUUUAUUUUAGAAAAGAAAAUAAAAUAAUUAAUUUAGAUAAAUAAUAUUACCAUAUAUAGGUUUUAAACUUCUAAAAUAUGAUUUUUUUUGCUACUGAUUCUAAAACAUAAGGAUAUUUUUUCCAAUUUGAUUAAGCCUCGCUAUCCACUAAAAUAUUGUUAGAAAUAAAUAUUGAUUAUGCCUAUUUAAAUUUUUUUAAUGAGGACUUAUAGUUAUUUUAUAUUUCUGGAAUUUAAAAUUCAAUCAUAUAUUAUAUUUAAAAAGAUAAUAUUCUACCGAUCUAUAAAAUUAUAAAUGACAUUAGAUCGAUCUCUUUUACUCUUACGUUUUAUUAAUCAUAAAAUACUAAUUAAACUUCAAUAAUUGUAGCUUUAACCAAUUUAAUAGCCAUUGACUAAUUAAAUUAUUAAAAAUACAAACAAAGUUCAUUAUCAACUAUUAUGAAGUAUAAUUUAGAUUUAGAUCAAGAUUUAUAGUCAAUAUCUUUAAUAAUUAUGAAGAAUUAGGUGUUAUAUAUUUUAAAUAAUUAUAAUAAUAUACUUUUUUAUAUUUAAUUUGAAAUAAAUGAUUAGAAUUUGGAGAUGAAAAAAAUUCUUACUUCAAGUAAACAAAGCUAAGAAAUAAUAUUAUAAAAUGAUUCCAUAAUUUAGUUAUAAAUAAGCGAUAGUAAUACUUGUAUUUUAGUUGAUUGA